AUGGACGUGGGUGCGUUAAGACAAGUGGUCGAGGAGGUGGCACAGAAGAAGACCGACAUAGGCCCGAUUGAUAUCGGAAUCAAUCGACGUGUUUUGUACGCAACGACGCCGCUGGAUAAACUCGAGAUGCCGUCCAGCCUUCAUAGUAAAUUUUUGGAUUGUAUAAAGCCUGUUGAGGUGACCUGCAGCCUCAGAUCUUAUCAACACGAGGAUUGCUUGUAG